AUGCCAAUUACACAAAAGGCAUUUACUUUUCAUUGUUUCGAUUCAACUGUUGAGGUUUUGUUUCCCAGUCCGAAGUUUGGCCGAGAGCUCAUUGAUUGGUAUUUGAAAUCUGGUCAACCUCAGUACCAAACAUGGAGUGCUCAAAAGAUUACCACUGUCAAAGUUUUGAAGCCGACUCCAGUAGGCAAGUUUGUUAAUGUCCAUUUCAAAGUAACACGAGGGACUGCAAACUCUGUCUCAUUGAUAUCACUUGCUGAUCUUCCCAAUCUUAAUGCACAUGAUUGGAUUUUGCUUGUCAACAUUCUACUCGAUCAUUCCAAGGAGUAUGAACCGAUCAUAGAACAUCUGAAAAGAAUGUUGGGAUCCUAUAUACACGAAAUUGCUACAAUGGAUCAGGAGGUUGCAAGAGUUAUGAACAGAAAGCUGACAGUCAAGCCGACCCAAAAGCCCUGUGAUGAGAAUAAGAUGAAGAUCGGGCAGAUUGACUCAACUCACUUGGUUGUUAUGUUUACAAAGGGUGAUGCUCACAGGACAACCAAAAAUAAUUCAUAUAAGAAAAGAGGUGAACAGAUGAAUUCGGGUUUGGUUAAGAACAGAGAGGUGAACAGAAACAGCAAGUUUGAAAAGCAUCAAGCCAAUAGGAAAAAAUUGAAUGUCAUUCUUUUAUUCUUUGCAGAUUAUCUUCAACUUCUCUUACUAUCAUGUACAAUUCUUACAAUGGAUGUUGUUAAUGCCAUUAUAAAACCAGUUGUUGAGACACUUAUGGUACCUGUGAAGAAACACUUAGGCUACCUCAUUUCCUGCAGACAAUAUAUCAGGCAUAUGGGUAUCAAAAUGAGCGAGUUGAAUGAUACACGACACAGUGUUGAAGAGUACAUGAACCGAAACAAAAAGAACCAUCUUGAGGUUCCAACCCAAGUCGAGGGUUGGUUGGAAGAUGUAGAAAAGAUCAAUGCAAAAGUGGAAGACAUUCCUAGUGAUGUUGGGACUUGUUUCAAUCUCAAGAUGAGGCACAAGAUCGGUCGAAAAGCCUUCAAGAUAAUUGAGGAGAUCGAAAGUGCCACUAGAAAACACUCUAACAUCAUCUGGACUAAUUAUCCCAUUCCCGUGGGAAAAGUUGAUUUAAUGAAGGCAUCCACUUCUAAACCAUCAAUGGGUCAUCAUGAAGACUUCCAAUCAAGAGAGAAAACAUUUAUAGAAGCACUAAAAGCACUUGAACCUAAUAAAAAUUCCCACAUGGUAGCCUUAUGGGGGAUGGGCGGAGUGGGGAAGACCACGAUGAUGCAAAGGCUGAAAAAGGUUGUGAAAGAAAAGAAAAUGUUUAACUUUGUUGUUGAGGUGGUUGUAGGGGAACAAACUGACCCAAUUGCUAUUCAGGAAGCUGUGUCAAAUUAUCUUGGGCUAGAGCUCAAAGAAAGCACGAAGCAAGCAAGAGCCGAUAAGCUUCGUAAAUGGUUCAUGGAUAAUUCAGAUGAAGGUAAGACUAAGUUUCUCAUAAUACUUGAUGAUGUAUGGCAGUUAGUUGACCUGAAUGAUAUUGGUUUAAGUUCUCUUCCAAAUCAAGGUGUCAACUUCAAGGUUUUAUUGACAACACGAAACAGAGAUGUGUGCACUAUGAUGGGAGUUGAACCAUAUUUAAUUUUCAAUAUAAAAGUCUUAAUGGAAGCAGAAUCACAAAGUUUCUUCCGCCAAUUUGUAGAAACUUCUGAUGAUGUUGAUCUUGAGCUCCAUAUGAUAGGAGAAAAUAUAGUAAGAAAGUGUUGUGGUCUACCCAUUGCCAUUAAAACUAUGGCAUGUGCUCUGAGAAGUAAAAGCAAAGAUACAUGGAAGGAUGCACUUUCUCGCUUAGAGCACCAUGACAUUGGCAAUGUUGCAUAUAAAGUUUUUGAAACGAGCUACGACAAUCUUGAAGAUGAAGAGACUAAAUCCAUAUUUUUGCUUUGUGGAUUGUUUCCCGAAGAUUUAGAUAUUCCUAUGGAGGAUUUGGUGAGAUAUGGAUGGGGCUUAAAAAUAUUUAAGAAAGUGUAUACCAUAGGAGAAGCAAGAAUCAGGCUCACCACAUGCAUUGAGCGGCUCAUCCAUACAAAUUUGUUGAUGGAGGUUGAUAGUGUUGGUUGCAUCAAGAUGCAUGAUCUCGUGCGUGCUUUUGUUAUGGAUAUGUUAUCGAAAGUAAAUAAUGUGCAUGCAUCGUUUGUCAACCAUGGUAAUAUCUUAGAGUUACCUGUGGAUGAAAUGCGUGACACUUGUAAAAGGCUUUCGAUAACGUGCCAGGGUAUAUCUGAGUUUCCGAGAGAUCUUAAGUUUCCAAAUGUCUCCAUUUUGAGACUUAUGGAUGGAGAUAAGUAUCUGAGGUUUCCUCAAGACUUUUAUGAAGAAAUGGAAAAGCUUGAGGUUAUAUCUUAUGAAAAAAUGAAAUACCCAUUCUUUCCCUCAUCACCUCAAUCCUCCACCAACCUUCGAGUGCUUCAUAUACAUAAAUGCUCAUUAAUGAUGUUUGAUUUCUCUUGUAUUGGAGAUAUGUUGAAUCUAGAAGUUCUCAGCUUUGCUAGUUCUAACAUAAAAUGGUUACCUUCUACAAUCGGAAAGUUGAAGAAGUUAAGGUUACUGGAUUUCACAAAUUGUAAUGGUCUUCAUAUAGAUAAUGGUGUCUUAAAAAGUUUGGUUAAACUUGAAGAGCUUUAUAUGGGAGUUGAUUGUGGAAGAGACAUUAGUUUCACUGAUGAAAUCUGCAAUGAAAUAGCAGAACGUUUAAAAAGACUUUACACAUUAGAACUUAUGUUCUUUGAAAAACUUAAAAUGAAGAAUAUGUCAUUUGAGAAGCUUCAAAGAUUCAAGAUCUCAAUGGGACGUUAUCUAGAUAAAGCUUUCGGUAAGCAUGUGUACUCAUUUGAAAACACGUUGCAGUUGGCCACCACCAAAGUUGAACUACUGGAAUCUAGACUUAAUGAGUUGUUUGAGAAAACAGAGGUGCUUUAUUUAAGUUUGGGAGAUAUGUAUGACCUUUUGGAUAUUGAGGUGAAGCCCUCACAUCCUAUCCACUCCUCUUCGUUCUAUAAUUUAAGAGUCUUGGUCGUUUCUGAGUGUCUAGAGUUGAUAUACCUUUUCACACUUGAUGUUGCAAAAACAUUGUCAAAGCUCGAGCAUAUUGAAGUUUACAAAUGCGAAAAUAUGGAAGAACUCAUAUAUACAGAUGGAAGUGGAGAUGAGAAGAUUAGAUUCCCCAAGCUGAAGUUUUUAUCUUUGCAUUGGCUACCACGUUUGUUGGGUUUGUGCAAUAAUGUCAACAUAAUUGAGCUACCACAACUCAUGGAGUUGAAACUUGACUUCAUUCCACGUUUCACAAGCAUAUAUUCCGAGAACAAGUUUGAAACAUCUAGUUUGUUGAAGAAAGAGGUGGUGAUUCCUAUAUUGGAAAAGCUGGAUAUUCAAUUUAUGGUUGAUUUGAAGGAGAUAUGGCCAUGUGAAUUUAGUACAAGAGAGGAAGUUAAGUUAAGAGAGAUUAAUGUGAGAUAUUGUAAAAAUCUGGUGAAUCUAUUUCCAUGCAAUCCUCUUCCAUUGUUACACCAUCUUGAAGAGCUUGUUGUCGAUAACUGUAGUUCCAUUGAAGUGUUAUUUAACAUCGACUUGGAUUGUGUUAGUGAAAUUUAUAGCAACUUGAAAAACAUUAAAGCAAAUGAAUUAGGGAAGCUAAGAGAGGUGUGGAGGAUAAAUGGUGCAAAUAACUCCCAUCUUCUUAUUCGUGGGUUUCAAGCUGUUGAAAGCAUAAAUAUUAGAGAAUGUAAGAUGUUUAGAAAUGUAUUCACACCUAUCACUACCAAUUUUGAUCUGGGGGCACUUAUGGAGAUUUCGAUAACUAGAGAAGAUUGGAGAAACAAUUACGAAUUGGAAGAAACUAGCCAAGAGCAAGUGCAGGAUGAAUGA